ACUCACUUGCUCACUUACCUCCCUCCUCGGCACCAUGACCACCGUUAGCCGCCAGUUCACCUCCUCCAGCUCCAUGAAGGGCUCCUGUGGCAUCGGUGGUGGCUCCAGCCGCAUGUCCUCCGUCCUGGCUGGAGGGUCCUGCCGGGCCCCUAGCGCCUACGGGGGCCUGUCUGUCUCCUCCUCCCGCUACUCCUCUGGGGGGGGCUGCGGACUGGGGAGCGGCUAUGGUGGCGGCUUCAGCAGUAGCAGCAGCUUUGGUGGGGCUCUGGGUAGUGGCUUUGGAGGAGGAUAUGGCGGUAGCUUCGGUGGUGGCUUCGGUGGUGGCUACGGUGGUGGCUUGGGUGGUGGCUUGGGUGGUGGCUUGGGUGGUGGUUUGGGUGGUGGCUUUGCCGGUGGUGAUGGGCUCGUGGUGGGCAGUGAGAAGGUGGCCAUGCAGAACCUCAACGACCGCCUGGCCUCCUACCUGGACAAGGUGCGCGCCCUGGAAGAGGCCAACGCCGACCUGGAGGUGAAGAUCCGUGACUGGUACCAGAAGCAGCGGCCCGCUGAGACCAGGGACUACAGCCCCUACUUCAAGACCAUCGAGGACCUGAGGAACAAGAUCCUCACGGCCACCGUGGACAAUGCCAAUGUCCUCCUGCAGAUUGACAAUGCCCGCCUGGCUGCAGAUGACUUCCGCACCAAAUACGAGACGGAGCUGAACCUGCGCAUGAGCGUGGAGGCUGACACCAACGGCCUGCGCAGGGUGCUGGAUGAGCUGACCCUGGCCAGAGCUGACCUGGAGAUGCAGAUCGAGAGCCUGAAGGAGGAGCUGGCCUACCUGAGAAAGAACCACGAGGAGGAGAUGAGUUCCAUGAGAGGCCAGGUUGGAGGAGACAUCAACGUGGAGAUGGACGCCGCCCCUGGUGUGGACCUGAGCCGCAUCCUGAACGAGAUGCGUGACCAGUACGAGAAGAUAGCGGAGAAGAACCGCAAGGAUGCUGAGGACUGGUUCUUCAGCAAGACAGAGGAGCUGAACCGCGAAGUGGCCACCAACAGCGAGCUGGUGCAGAGUGGCAAGAGCGAGAUCUCAGAGCUCCGGCGCUCAGUGCAGAACCUGGAGAUCGAGCUGCAGUCCCAGCUCAGCAUGAAAGCAUCCCUGGAGAGCAGCCUGGAGGAGACCAAAGGCCGCUACUGCAUGCAGCUAGCUCAGAUCCAGGAGAUGAUCGGCAGCGUGGAGGAGCAGCUGGCCCAGCUGCGCUGCGACAUGGAGCAGCAGAACCAGGAAUACAAGAUCCUGCUGGACGUGAAGACACGGCUGGAGCAGGAGAUCGCCACCUACCGCCGCCUGCUGGAGGGCGAGGACGCCCACCUCUCGUCCUCCCAGUUCUCCUCUGGCUCUCAGUCAUCCAGAGACGUGACCUCCUCCAGUCGUCAGAUCCGCACCAAGGUCGUGGAUGUGCACGAUGGCAAGGUGGUGUCCACCCACGAGCAGGUCCUUCGCAGCAAGAACUAAGGCUGCCUCAGCAUUGCUUAGGCCUAGGAAGCACCUUCCCCGUGUGGGCAUAGAUCUCACUAGGAAGAUGCCUCUCCCACCCCCAAGCACUUCACACCCGAGCCCUGCUUCACCCUUGCCCCCUUUGGCAUUCAAUAAAGCUUCAUUAUCUGAGUUGCACAA